AGCGGGCUGCUGCAGCUGUYCAUGGUCGUGUAGUGGGAGCCAAAGAGGGUCCGGGUACGUACGAGAUGCGGCCAUAGUCACGCUGCAGCCGACUCAAAUCACAGCCCGUCGGGGAUCGCUAGUUGUCCAGCGCUACAGAGCCGACUGAAAGCCCGUGGUUGUGAGACAUCAUGAGUGAGCACCAGAGACAGCGCUCACUGUCCACUGCAGGGGAAUCUCUCUAUCAUGUGCUGGGAGUGGACAAGCUGGCUACAAAYGAUGAUAUCAAGAGAUCUUACAGGAAACUGGCGCUAAAGUUUCAUCCCGACAAGAAUCCCGACAAUCCAGAGGCGGCCGACAAGUUCAAAGAGAUCAACAACGCCCACGCCAUCCUGAAYGACCCCACAAAGCGUAACAUUUACGAUAAAUACGGCUCUCUGGGGUUAUACGUGGCCGAGCAGUUUGGAGAGGAGAACGUCAACACUUACUUUGUCCUGUCGAGCUGGUGGGCCAAGGCUCUGUUCAUAUUCUGCGGACUGGCCACCGGAUGCUACUUCUGCUGCUGCCUGUGCUGCUGCUGUAACUGCUGCUGUGGCCGGUGUAAACCCCGGCCCCGGGACAGCCCGGAGCAGGACUUCUACGUGUCCCCCGAGGACCUGGAGGCGCAGCUCCAGUCUGACGAGCGAGUAGAGGCCGGCGGUGACCCCAUAGUGCUGCAGCCGUCGGCAACAGAGACCACCCAACUCACGUCGGACGGACACUACUCCUACCACACUGACACCGGCUUCAACUAACCCGCCUCCCCUGCGUCGGUCCCGACCCGGGUGUCCUGCCUGCUUCCCUGCUCCACCUCAGAGAGACGAAAGAAAAAGGCAAUCCAUCCCACCCCCACCCACAUCAGUGCAAAGGAGUUCAGAUCAUAAAGAGGAGGUAAAGUUUAUAUUUGAAGGAAUGGAGAGCCACGGUUCAGGGAGGUUGCUGGUUGGAGACAUAAAUCCGGGCCUUAGGUGGUCCGUUUCAUCAGCGUUAAGCCUUCGGGAACUGAUUUGCCAUCUACGUUUGCACUUUUCACUUCUAAUUUCCAAACAGUUGCUGUCMCCUGACCCACAGUGAGUCUGUGCUUGUUUCUGAUGUGAACGUUUGUGAUCUGAGUCAUCGGGGGCGUUUUACAGGGUGGAGCUUUAUUUAUUUAUUUUUUUUAAAGAUUUGGUUUUUUCUCACAUUUUCAAACCUUCAUAUUUGAUUUGUUGUUUUCCAUUACAAAUCUGAUAUGAUGAGGUUUAUUUUAUGUUGUUUUAUUUUUUUUCUCCCAUUAGCAGCACAGCAUUUACACUGACUCUAGAAAUAUCACAUAAAACAAAUGUUAAUUUUUUUCCCCUCUCGAUUUGAAAACGCAUCUACAAUGUUGGGAUCCUGAAAAGUUGCUGCUGUCUUCCUUUUUUCUCUCCUUGUAUUUUUGCUUCGAGCUCUGUUGUUUUUAGUCUUUGGUGAAGCCGAGGAGCUCCAGGUAAACCAGCUGGCUCUGAUCCGAGUCGCUAAAAGGCAGAUUUCCAUCAGCUGAAAGGGCAGCUGGUUCAGAGCGCAACGUGUUUGAUCAUGUUAGGAAGUUAAUGACGUGACAAAAAACAGAUCUCUCUCUCUCUCUGGAUGAUGAUUAUUAUAUUUAUCAUGGUGUUUUUAAAACUGAACUCCACAGAGUCUGAUCAUUUACCGAUACUGUAAUCCUUUAUUAAUAUCAAACUUUUUUAAAAAUGAAGCUCAUCAGUCGAAUCAUCUGUGAGCCAUGUGCCAUAGGCCACUCUAAGAGAAGCAUCCUUCAUACCACGCAUACUGUCGCUCACAUACUGGCCCUAUAUUUCAAAUAAGACCUUUUUGCAGUUUUCAUAACUACUAAUAACAUGUUUAAAUGGUUUACAAACGGUGAGACCCCGUAGCCCACCCUCUGCUAUUAAUGGUAUGGAUGUUGACCUCUGUGGCCCCUGUAUGAUGUUUCCUGUAACCUUUGAUAGAUGUUCCUGUCAUGGCUUUUUCAUUGAGAUACUGAAAAAUGCUACUGUAAAUGUUAAAAAGUUGAAUGCACUGUGUGUUUAAAAAAAAGAAGAAGUUAUAAUGGAUCAAUGAUCAGGAAAUGACUCCAUAAAAAAAUACAUAGUAUAAAGUGUAACUAUAGUGAAAUGGUUCUAUAAUGCAUUUUUUGAGGAUUUUUAUUUGUUUCAUAUUCCGUCAUGUUGGGACUGAUGAUUUCUGCUCAUUUGACCUGGUACGGUGUUGUAUUGUAACCAUUAAACUGACAGAGGAGCAGUUUAAUGGUUGAGGUUGCUUGUACAUACACCCAUAUAAAGUAUAAACCUUAGCGUUUCUGUUGUAGCAUGGUAAUCGUGUGUCUGGAAGAAAACAAGUGGAUCAUUGAUCUGAUUUGCUGUUGUUGAAUAAAUGUUCCGAAACAUUU